ACGCGCGCACGCACCAACGCAACACAUAUCCUCCUUCUCUCUCUCUCUCUCUCUCUCUCUCUCUCUUGCUGUAUCAAUGGCUUCCGUAUCUGCUCCCACCCCAAGUCCUCACAAGCUCAACUUCCCCAACCCCAAACCAUACCCCUCCUCCGUCGCCAAAAGAGCAUUCUACCCUUCCUCCCAUUCCCAAACCACCUUCUCCUCGAGGUUUCCCGAUUCGUCCCUCUGCCGAUGCCAGAAGACCCCUUCUUCCUCCUCCGACUCAACUCAGUGGAGAUGGGACUCUGCGCUCCAGAACCUCAUCAAAAACGCCGUCAAAAGCCUGGAUUCUUGCGUCAAUUUUAGACCACAACCAGACGCCCAAUCCGCAUCGUUUCAGACCGACGACCCUGAUUGGGACUGGGAUCGCUGGCGCCGCCAUUUCUUAGAGGUCGAACAACAAGAGCGCCUUGUCUCCCUUCUCAAGUUGCAGUUGGGUCGGGCUGUAUAUGCAGAGGACUUUGAGGAUGCUGCGAGGCUCAAAGUUGCAAUUGCCGCUGCAGCUGCAAACGACGUCGUUGGAAGAGUCAUUUCUCAUCUCAAUAGAGCUAUACAGGAAGAACGAUACCAGGACGCCGCAUUUUUCCGAGAUACUGCUGGUGCCGGAUUGGUGGGUUGGUGGGCUGGUCUUUCUGAAGAUAAGAAGGAUCCCCAUGGCAUAAUUAUUCGAGUAACUGCGGAGCAUGGAAGAUAUGUCGCAAGGAGUUACAGUCCCUGGGAGCUUGCUACUGCUGCAGCUGGUGUCCCACUCUUUGAGAUUUAUUUAACAACAAAUAAGAAUGGUGAAUACAGACAGCAGGCUGUGUAUUUAAAGCAGGGAGGGGUGUUUCAGGAUUCUUCACAAGUUAGCUCCAAAUCAUUGGAUGCCAGUGGCAGCUUGAAUCCCUUUGAUUCAACUGAAGAAAGAGGUGAUCUAUUUGUUGCAGAUAGUGAAGAUGCUGAAGAUUGUGAUGAUUCAGAUGAUGGCUCUGAUCUUUCUGAGGACAUCUCUGGUUUUCAAAGUUUCUUGAGAGAUAUGAUUCCUAAUGUGAAGGUCAAGGUUUUGAAAGUGACCUCACUAGGGAAGGUAGACAGGGAUCUAAUAUCGAAAGUGAUUGAACAGAUUAUUGAGGAAGAUGAUGAAGAUAAGGAUAGUGAAAUAGUGAGUUUAGAUGCUGAAGAUGAAGAACAGGUUGAAGGUGACGAAGAGACAGAUGUCAUUGAACUGGAUGCUGAUCCUGGAAUUAUUCAAAAUGCAGAACGACGUGAAAUUGCUGUCAAAGUUGUUGUUGGUGGUCUUGGGCAGAAACUAUCAAGCAGACCGCCUACUAAAAAUUUGCUCCGAGUACCUGCUAAAAUAGAGAAGAAGGGACGUUUAUCAUUUUCCUUUACUGUUGAGAAAGAUAUUAACCAACAGGAUUCCCGUGGAAGGGAACAGUCUUCUGUGGAUAAAAAAGCUAAACUUGGAGGUCAACAAGGCAUUGAUAAUGUUAUGUUUGAUCUCUCUAAGUUCAUGGGUAAAGAGAAGAUACCACAGAAGGUACUCAAAGAUGUUGGCGAGUUAAUAAAUCUUGCUCUCAGCCAGUUUAACGACCAUCAACCACUGUCAGGAACAACCACUUUCAAUCGCAUUGAAAUGCCGGCUUCUCCAGAUCCUUUAAAUGGGAUUUACAUUGGUGCUCAUGGGCUCCACACCUCAGAAGUUAUUCACCUGAGACGUAAAUUUGGUCAAUGGAAAGAGGAUGGAGGGACUGAAGAGCCUCUAAACCUUGAGUUUUAUGAAUAUGUAGAGGCCUUAAAACUUACUGGGGAUCCUUAUGUACCUGCUGGCCAGGUGGCAUUUCGUGCAAAGAUUGGGAAAGGAUAUCAGCUUCCUCAUAAAGGGAUUAUACCAGAAGAAUUUGGAGUGGUUGCUCGAUAUAAAGGACAGGGGAGGCUUGCUGAGCCAGGGUUUCGCAAUCCCCGAUGGGUCGAUGGUGAACUUGUUAUUCUUGACGGGAAGUACAUUAAGGGUGGACCUGUUGUUGGAUUUGUUUACUGGGCUCCCGAGGAUCAUUUCUUGGCGUUCUUCAAUCGGUUGAGGCUUCAAGAGUAGCUUUCCAUUGUACAUAACAUUGCAGUUGAUAGAUAUUUUUGCGAAAUUUUGUAGGUUUAGAAGAUAUUUACUAUAUGUCUACUGGUGCAUUUGCAAGCAUGUUAACUCAAAGCAACUGCGCUGAAGCUUUGGAAUGCAAUAGAAUAGAUAGCUCAAAAGCAUUGUCGCAACGUUUUGGAGCUCUGCGCGAUUGCACCUUUCGCUCCUCCGAAGCAGCCUCUGAACAACGUAUACCAAAAAAUGCAGCGGGUGGUGAAGCCCAGGACUCUGCACAUGCAGCGGAUCGUGAAGCCCGGGACUCUGUGGCUGCUGAAAAUUGCAGCUUUCAUGGGUUGGAGUUUGUGGGUUGUAGAAGCUGUGGGUGAAUGUUCAGAGCCUCCAACAUCGCCAUCUUCAGAGCCUCCAUCGCCUAAUCAACCACAAGAUCUUGUCGUCCAUCAACUUCCCCACUCUCCUCACCAGCCUAAAAUCGACAGCACCGGAUCGCCCCGCCCUUCACAGCCUUCAUCUUGCUCGCCUGCUCUCUGUCACGUCCUCGGUCGCGUUGUCCACCAUGCGCAACACCAACAAGGGCUUGAACCCGGCAAAGAAAAAGGAUUUUGUAUGUUUAGGAGUUGGGCGAAUCUGCAAUCUACCAAGAAAGAAGAUGAACAGAUUGAAAAAUUUAUGGAGUUUUAACCUUUUUUUUUUUUUUCUUUUUCUCACAUAUGAAAUACUUUAUGAAUAGACUUAUCUCGAACAAAACAAAAACACAGGCAUGAAAUUUAAUAGAAAAUAAACUUGCCACCUGUCA